AUGUUUGCUACCAAGAUUCCUGUGUCUUCUUUACGUCCUGUGACAAAGCGUUUUUAUGCAGCUGCUGCUACUACGGGGGCCAUCAAAAAGACUGCACUGUAUGAUUUACAUGUAAAACAUGGGGGUAAAAUGGUCCCAUUUGCAGGAUACUCUAUGCCUGUUCAAUAUGGUAAUAUGGGUCUUAUUGCUUCACACCUUCACACGCGUGAGAAGGCAUCUAUUUUUGAUGUAUCACAUAUGCUUCAGUCACGUGUCACUGGUAAAGAUCGUAAAAAGUUCUUUGAGACACUUGUCGUCGCCGAUUUGCACAAUAUGCCUGUAGGUCAAGGCACUCUAUCUGUAUUUACAAAUGAACAAGGCGGUAUCAUUGAUGAUACUAUCAUUAUGCAGCAAGAAGACAAUCUAUACGUCGUUUCUAAUGCUGCUUGUGCUGAUAAAGAUAUUGCUCAUAUUCGCAAGCAUCUCACUGAGUUUCAAAAUAAGGGAGGUGAUGUUGAUUUCAACAUCAUCACUGAUCACUCUUUAAUCGCCAUUCAGGGACCCAAGGCAGCAGCUGCCCUUGAGGAGUUGGUAGGCAAAGACCUGAAUGACUUUGGCUUUAUGCACGGAAGACAUAUGGAUAUAGCUGGUGUGCCUUGUCACGUGGCUCGUUCUGGCUAUACAGGUGAAGAUGGUUUUGAGUUAUCCAUUCCUACGGAAGAGAUUGUUACAAUCACAGAAAAAUUAUUAGCGCACCCUGAUGUUGAACUGGCAGGUCUUGGCGCUCGUGAUUCUCUUAGACUUGAAGCAGGGCUUUGUCUUUAUGGUAAUGAUUUGGAUGAAACAACGACUCCUGUUGAAGCUGGAUUAACUUGGACCAUUCCUAAAUCUCGCCGAGAGACUGGAGGCUUUUUAGGCGCUGAGCACAUUCUACCACAAAUUAAAGGCGGUGUUACUCGUCGUCGCAUUGGAUUGAUAGUCGAAGGUGCCCCCGCUCGUGGAGGAGCUGAAAUUCUGAACAAGGAAGGCGAAGUGAUUGGUACUGUCACUUCUGGUUGUCCAUCACCAUCGCUCAAAAAGAACAUUGCAAUGGGAUACGUAAAGAAUGGAUAUCACAAGAAGGGAACUGAAUUAAAUGUUAAAGUUAGAAAUAAGGUGUACAGCGCUAAUGUAACAAAGAUGCCUUUUGUUGAGGCUAAAUAUCAUAAAUAA